CAAACAGGGAUCCGGUUUGUUGUAUAUUUCCUCUCGGCUCUGAGUUUUUUUUUUUUCCUUCGCUGCUGCUGCUACUGCAGUGUGUCAAACAUCAGCACGGAGGGAGCAGAAGCCAUAAGAUGAAGAAACGUUAUGUGGACGCGAACAGGCUACGGAAAAUGAAAAAGCUGAAAAUCACGGAGAAGCUGUCUGAAAGUGCAUACACCUUCCUGAAGUUUAUGGUGAUGUGGACACUGGUGCUGCUGGCAGACUUCAUCCUUGAAUUCAGACUGGAGUACCUGUGGCCGUGCUGGCUCUUCUUUGGGAGUGUGUACACCACUUUCCACUGUCAUGGGCUGGUUAUUUGUGUUGUUUUUGUUUGUGCUGCCUUCACCCUGGACAUCUUUUGUUUGAUUUUUGUUCCUUUGCACUGGCUGUUCUUUGUGGCGAGCACCUAUGUAUUGUUCAAUUACAUAUGGCACACAGAGAAGGGCAUCUGUAUAUCGACAGUGUCCCUGUGGAUCCUGCUCGUGUACACGGAGGCUUCACUUCGACUCAAAGACCUUAAAACCUCGCAUGCCAACCUGUCCCAUCUUUUUGCUGCACACUGUAUCGGAUAUCCUGUAGUUUAUCUGGGGUUUGAUGCCACCUGCUACUUCACCAAUAUCUUUAAGCUGCGCAUACAGAAAGCAGUGCAGAAUGAGAAUGACUUCCACAUGCACCUACUUCAGCACUCGCUCCCCCCAGGCCUGCAGGUUUAUCCCAAGACAGGCACAGAUGGCAGCAGCACCUCCAAAUGGAAGAUCAAGCCCGAGUCAAGUCAAUAUCAGUGUCAGAAUGGUGCUGUGGUGGCCCAUGAUGAGGCACACACCGUAGACUGCCUCCAGAUCCGCAGUGAAGAGAGAGCAACAGAAAAAGGGUCACAAGAGGUGAGGUCCGCCGAACCAAACCGCCGGCCGCCAUCGUCCUCAUCAUCCAAACCCAGUGUGGGUGAGUCCAAAGAUCUGCUGCACAGCAGCACAGGAGGAACAGAAUCAUCAUCGGCCCCAGAAAAUCUACCUCAAGAGGAGCAUGGAAGCAAAGCGAUGCGGGCAGCUAAGAGCUCCUCACCAAAAAUCAGGAGAAGCAGCUCAAAUACUCCUUCACCCCCUGCGGGAAGGACUGAGAAGAAACAGAGAUCCAGCUCUAAAACAGUCAGCCCCAACAGGGAUGCAGCAGAAAAGAGCGCUGCAGCAGCUCAGAAUUACCACACUGACCAGAUAAGCAGGCUGGAGCAAGAGCUGAGGAGGCUGAAGAGCGAGCUUCAGGUGAGCAGGCAGUCCGAACAGGAGCUUCGAAGUCACAUCUGCAACCUGACCAACAGCGAGAGGAGCCUGAGACCAGAGGUUUCCCUGCUCAGGCAGUCCAACAUGCUGCUCCAGAGCAAGAUUCUGUGCCUAACCAAAAACAAGCAGAGGGACAAGCAGGCUUGUGUGAUGCUGGAGAAGAAGACCAGAGCAGAGGCAGAGGCCAGACUCUCUGCUGAAAAGCAGCUGGCUGAGCUACAGGCUCAGAAACUGGAGGAGGCGGCAAGCACAGCACGGAGCCUCACAAACAGGCAGGAACACUGUGAAACCCAAAUGUUAAGGAAAAGAGUUAAAGAGCUAGAGACAGAGUACAAACAACUACAGCUGGAGUAUCAAGUGAAAGAGAGUCGUGUGGUAGAUCUAGAGAGUGAUGUUGAGGCUUUGGGAAAGUACCGCUGUGUGGAGAAAGAGACAGAUAUGCUGCUGUCCACUUUGUCAGCCAUGCAGGAAAAAGCUCAACAUCUGGAGUACAACCUGAGUGCUGAGACUCGCAUCAAACUCGAUCUCUUCUCUGCGCUGGGAGACGCUCGCAGACAGCUAGAAAUCGCCCAAGAUAAGGUUAUGAAGCAGGACAGGGAGAUAAGUGAGAUGAAGCAGAAGAUUGCUGAGGUGAUGGCAGUGAGCCCUGGCAUGUCCUACGUGGUUCCCCGGCCCCAUGUGCCACAGAAUCUCACCAAGUUACUCAACUCCGAGCGCUACGUGCUGAAUCCACGAGCACUGAUGUACCAGUGUUUGAAGAAAUAAAGGACGUCCUGGAGCUUUGACACCUCCUCAGACCUCGUCAGAUCCGGACCAGUUCAUUACAGAGCUAAACAGCAUCGUGAAGUCCUCUACUUCCAGCCAUGAGUGGAACCAGAAUAAGCCUCCACAAGUCGAAUGCCUUUUGCUGCACUGUUGGUGCUAACUUGAUAUUAUUGUGUAUAUUUCCUGUGGUCGAAGAGUUUCACUCCAAAAUGAGGUAUCCAAUAUGCAGAGCUGCUCAAGCCACAUUUUGUAUGAAAAGGUUUACCUAUCAUGAUGAAAUACAAAUAUAGUAGUCAGCAGAGAAAAAAACACAUCAGAACCCGCAGAUUUAUCUGAAUGAAGACCUGGUGCUCGAUGUGGACAUCAACAGUGUGAUGAACUAGAGCCAGCUGGAGCAACUUGUCCAGAGAAAACUGGACCGAAAUGUUUAACGUUUUUCAUCCGGGGUAAAUUUUUAUUGUAACAUGCCACCGACAAGUUCUCUGCUGCAGCUGUAAAAUAUUUCAUGCCUGCUCUGUACAGUGUAACUCCUGGCAUGAAAGUAAAAUGAACCAAUCAAAAAUAUUUAAGUCAGUAUAUGUAUUAUACUCUUAAAUGUGUAAGAAUUCAGACUUUUUUUGAUCUGCUGCAAUAUUGACAAGAAGGUUCAAAGUAAUAUCUUUUUUUUUUUAAAUCACUAUUUGUCACUUAAUUGUCAGUGUUUAUAAGAAUAUAAUGAUCGAAUGGACUGCUGCAAUUAGAAAAGUACAGGUACUGAUAAUAAAAUCACAGUGGCUGACUGCUGUUCAGGUGUCUCAGCAAGUCGUUAACUGGAGCCGCUAAAUGGAAUUCAGCCAUCACGCUUUUGAUCGUCUCUGCUUUUCUUUGAAAAAGGGUCCAUUAAAAAUAGAUAUUCUCAAGUAUUUUAGAUUUAAAUCUUUAACAGAUUUUGGGUAAAUGGUUUAAAUGCAAACAUUCAUGUCUAAACAUGAUUAUACAGAGAUAAAAUCCUAAUAUAGGAUUAUCUCCAAACCUCAGUGGUUGUGUUAAUGGACUUAAUGAGAUCUCUUUAUUGAAAAAAAAAACAAAAAAAAACACAGGUCCAAACUAAUAUAUAUACACACACACACACUCACACUGAUUAGCAACAGCAUUAAAACCACCAGCUGAAUAUUGUGUGGGCCCCCCUUGUGCCAUCACAACAGUCAGGGUAUGGACACAGGACCUCUGGGGCAGCAGAUCCUUUGAUUCCUGAAGUUUUUUUUUUUUUUUUUUUUUUUUAGGUGGGGUCACUUUGGACUGUGAGUUUUCAGGCACAUCCUGCUUGUUUGGAUUGAGAUCUGGGAGUUUGGAGGUUAGGGUCAGUCUGUUAUAGUUUCAGCAUCUGUGAGUAUGCUUGGGUCUGAGUAAAUGUCAGCAGACAGUGACUGCAAGUCUUCCUGCAGAUCUUUGGGUUGGUGGACUUCAGACACUGUACCAGGACGGUCUACUCGUCAAUGGUCUCCGCAGGUGUCUGUUGUCCAAAACUGAGUAUAAUCCCCAUCUUAGGCUGUUUUUUCAUGUUUCUUGAGUAGCUCCUGGGCAUUUUUUUAAGGGAAACCACAGAUUGGGGAGUGCCCCUACCUUGUGGUGGUGUGUUUGGUUUACCACAAUAUUUAUGUGGAUGAUAAUCCCACGUUCUGUGGUGGUGAUUUACUUGUCAAUCUAUGUUCCAUUCUUGCCUGUGGCCACAAUCUCUGGGUAGCAACUGAAAGAAUGAGGUCCAAGCGGCAGAAAUGAGCUCCCUUGAAAUAGUGGUUGGACUCCUCCUUAUAGAGAGAGGGUGGGGAGCUUGGUUAUUUUGGAAGGGCUCAGCGUAGAGCUGCUGUUCCUCCACAUCAAAGGGAGGUGGUUCGUGCAUCUGGAAAGAAUGCCUCCUGGGUACCUCCUAGGUCAAGUGUUUCAGGCAUGUGCUGCUGGAAGGAGGCCCCAGGGCAGACCCAGGUCAUGCUGGAGAGAAUAUGUCUCAGCUGGUUUAGGAAUGCCUCAGUGUCCACCCAGAAUAGUUGGAGGUGGCAGGUGGGGAGAGGGAGGUCUGAGCAUGGAUGAAUGGAUGGAUGGACCUUUGUGUCAAAGUAAAUUCAAAACCUCCCUGCUGAAAAUUGUAACAUCAUCAGUGUUCCUCACUUCACCGGUCAGUGGUUUUAAUGCUGUGGCUUGUACCAUUCUAUCAAAGUGUAAAUGACUACUUACCAUACCCCAAAUUUUUAAAGCAAGUAUCCACCAAGAUGUUCUUGCGUGUGCCUGUAAAUAGAGAAUCAGAAAUAUUUGAAUUGUGCUGAAAUUCAGACAAAAGAUGUGCGUUCGACACACAGUGUUUUGGAAUGAAACCCUUCAGAGUUGGAAUAUUUCUACGUAACAGGUGUCGUCUUUGUAUGAAUCUUACCGGUUGCGGUCCGGGAGACUCUUGAGAACAAUUAAGUGACAUUUUGUUGUCUUACUGACCUGAUAAAUCUAGCAAAAGGAGCUCGCGUGAGCUGCGACUGAGAGCCAGCUAAUUUUGAUGUUUGGCAGCUUGUGGCUCCACAGUGGCAUCCGGGAAAGAGGAGACCGUGACUUUGUCCGAGAGUUAAAGCUGAGCUGUGAACAGCGACGGACGGUAGUGACGAAACGUGGCUCACGGAUGAAAUUACUGUGCCUAUAUACUUUCAAACUCGGAAGUAAAACAAAUUUUAAUGUGAAAGAGUAAUGUGUUUGAAUUGAAGUGCUAUGUACUGUCUUUGUAGUUUUUGCUUCAUUUAAAAUUUUUUUUUUUUUUUUUUUUUACUGUGUACAGAAUUGAAAAUUACCCACGCAUCUGAAAAACACUCACAAACUGGAUGUCACCAUUUUGGUAGCUUUUUAUUUAGAGCGUGUUUUUAGGGUGUUUUAUAUCAAAAAUAUUUUUUAGUCUCGCUGUUCUUCUAUUAUACUGCUGUAAUUUUGUACGGCAAUGUGUUUGUCAGCAUGAAAUGUGUUUUAUUCAACUGUUAUUUGAGCACACAUUGUGACUUUAUGUACAUGAAUAUACUUGUACAAGGGCUACAGUUUAUUAACGUUUUUGAACGGACAAUUGUUAAUUCAAACAAUGAUGCUCUGAGGCUGGAGAUCACACUCCUGAUAUGCCA